CCUGCCCCCUCUCGCCCCCCCUCCUCCUCCCCUGCGCCUUGCCCCUGCCGCCGGCCGCCCCGAUGCUUGGCUCUGUACCCGCUGCUGUCGCCGCCACCGUCGCUCGUACCUCCAUCGCCCGGACUCGCCCCGGUCUUUCGCCUGCCGUCGCUGGCCUCAUUCGCAUGUCCUCUUCCACUCCGUCGUCUGCCCCGGGGGCCGCCGAGCCGCGGCCCGGUUUCGGCCCGGACGGGUUCUCGCCGCGCGCGGCCGACCGCGUGCGCACCUUCGACCCUCGUGGGAGUGUGUUCGCCGAGUUCACCGCCCUGGCCAAUGCCCACUCGGCGGUCAACCUGGGCCAGGGGUUCCCGAACCUGCCGCUGCCGGGCUUCCUGACCGAGGCCGCGGAGAAGGCCGUCGGAGCCGGGACCAUGAUGCAGCAGUAUGCCCGCAGCCAGGGGCACAUGCGCCUGGUGCAGGCUCUGGCCAAGUAUUACGAGCCGCGCAUUGGCAUCUCCAUCUGCCCGACCACCGAGAUCAUCACCACGGUCGGCGCCUCUGAGGCCAUCUCCUCCAUGAUGCAGGCCCUGAUCAACCCCGGCGAAGAGGUCAUCAUGAUGGAGCCCUUCUUCGACAUCUACCCGGCCACCAUCCGCCUGGCUGGCGGUGUGCCGAAGUAUGUGGCCCUUCGGCCGUCGACCACCGACUCCACCACCCCCGGGGCCGGCCACACGGCCGCCGACUGGAAGCUGGACUUCGAGGAGCUCGAGAGCCAGAUCACCUCGAAGACGCGCAUGCUGAUUGUCAACACGCCGCACAACCCGAUUGGCAAGAUCUUCAAUCGCGAGGAGCUCGAGCGUCUGGCGGACAUCGCCAAGCGCCACGAUCUGCUGGUCCUGUCAGAUGAGGUGUACGAGGCCAUCGGGUACAACGAUGCGCCGGAGCCGAUGCAGUCGAUCGCCGCGCUGCCCGGCAUGAAGGAGCGCACCAUCACGGUCGGCAGCGCCGGCAAGACCUUCUCGGUGACCGGGUGGAAGAUCGGCUGGGCCAUCGCCCCGGCGCACAUUAUCCACUCGAUCCUGAUGGUCCACCAGUUUAUGCCGUUCACCGUGGUGACCCCGCUGCAGGAGGCUGUGGCCACCUCCUUCGAGCAUGUCAUGUCCGAGGAGGGCUCCAGGUACUUCGGCGAGCUGUGCGACACCAUGGCCGGCAAGCGCGACCGCCUGCUGGAGAUCCUGCGUGGCGUCGGCAUGACGGCCUACUCGCCGCACGGGUCGUACUUCAUCCUGGCCGACGUUCGGUCGUUGGCCGGGCGGGUGCCGGCCGAGGCGGACCCGCUGGGCGACCCGUAUGCCUUCUGCCACUGGAUGACCCGGGAGAUCGGCGUGACGGCCAUUCCCACCGGGAACUUCUACUCGCCGGAGCACCGGCACCUGGCGCAGGGGUUCAUCCGGUUCUGCUUCUGCAAGACCGACGACAUGAUCGAGCAGGCCGGCGAGCGUUUGCAGCGCCUGGUGUCCAUGUAAGGCAAGGGGGGAAAGACCGGCAGGCGGCUUUCCUGCCUCGCUGUCUGCUAUGUUGCUUGGUUCUCCGUGCCGGGGCCGUGGGUCUGUCUGUUGUCCCUGCCGCCUGCACAGCCGCCGCACCCCACACUACACCCUCCCCCCCCCC